GUCAAAAUUCGAACGCAAAAGCAAACGGUUGUGUUUGCACAUAUAUGUUCAUAUAUGAAGAUAAAAGUGGAAUUGAGUAUUGUGCUGUGUGCUUAAAAACCGGAUAGAUAAAGAUUCGAGAACAAAAAAAUAUGAGUUGCAAUUAUACGUCUGGAAUUCCAGUGAAGCAUAUAAAUAUGGAGGAAGUUGUAUUGGAUUUGAGUGGAAAGAAUGUUGUUUAUAUAGGUGGUUUCGGUGGCAUCGGUUUAGAAACGUGCAAACAGCUGUUGCAAAAGGGUCUCGCGAAUCUUAUGAUACUCGACCAGGCGUGGAAUGAAUCAGCUUUCAAAGAUAUAAAUGUCGUCGACACAAAGAGCGUUUGUCAAUUUAUGGCGUUUGACGUCACCUGUGGCUUGGAAGAAACGCGUAAAGUUUUCGCGCGAAUAGUGGAGAAAUUCGGCCAUAUCGAUGUGCUAAUUAAUGGUGCGGGAAUAUGUGACGAACGAGAUUACGACUUAAUUAUUUCAAUAAACUUUACGGGCACCAUUAAUGCCACACUAGUAGCCUACGAUUUAAUGGAUAAGAGUAGAGGUGGCAGAGGCGGUGUCGUUGUGAAUAUCUCUUCGGUGGCUGCGCUAACACCCUUCCCCGUCUUACCCAUAUACAGUGCGACAAAGGGAGGGAUAUUGAACUUUACACGCGCAUUAGCGCAAUUAGAGCCAAAAACUGGUAUAACACUAUAUACGAUAUGUCCGGGUCUUACCGAUACUACACAUUGGGAAAAUGUGCACUACUUUCUCGGCAAGGACCUACAACUAAGAGAGCGAUCGCGUCGAAUAGUCCAAACACAACCGAUAGCUGAUUGUGCCAUGAAUAUUAUCAAAGCAAUUGAGACACACGCGAAUGGAGCGACUUGGAUGUGUGAUUUGGGGCAACUGAAAUUGGUAGAAAUAAAGAAUUUUUGGACGCCACCGCAUAAGCAAAAUAAAGAAACUGAACAAAAGAAAGAUACCGAACAAGCUCAAGAAAGAGAAUCAACAAAAGACACAACACAAAAUGAAGCAUCCAGACAAGAACAAAAGAAGGAAAAUGAGUCAGAUGCAACACUGCCACUGAGAAAACGAAAGUAUCGAGUAUCCGAUUUGGGAAAAGAUAUGCAGAACAUGAAGACCGCCAUUGAAUACUAAGUAUUAAGACAUUUUAGUUUACUCGCAAGAUUUUAUAAAAAUUUAAAACAAAUUUUAACAGUAUUUUAGUACUUUUAAUUUAUUUAAAUAUUGUUCAAGUUUGAAAGUGUAU